AAAAACUCACCUGCAGUAGUUUUUUCUUCCAAAAGAAAGUGAUAUUUACCUUUAAAACCCGUGAAAAAUGGCUCUCUGGGUAGAUCGAUACCGACCGCGGGAACUGUCCAAACUGGACUACCACAAAACUCAAGCCUCGCACCUCACCAACCUGUGUGCCCAGGGUGACUUCCCGCAUCUGAUGUUCUACGGUCCUUCGGGAGCCGGCAAGAAGACACGCAUCAUGUGCCUUCUGCGGGAGCUGUACGGUCCCGGGGUAGAACGGCUGAGGAACGAAGUCAUGAAUUUCACCACCCCCUCCAACCGGAAGGUGGAGAUUAUGACCGUCAGUAGCAACUAUCACAUCGAGGUCAAUCCGUCGGAUGCCGGGAUCUACGAUCGGGUCGUGAUCACCGAUAUGAUCAAGCAAAUAGCCCAGACGCAGCAAAUCGAUCCCAGCGGACAGCGAGAGUUCAAAACCAUUGUGCUUUCGGAGGUGGAUGAACUAACCAAGGAUGCCCAGCACGCCCUGAGGAGGACCAUGGAGAAGUAUGUAGCCACCUGUCGGUUGAUUCUGUGCGUUAACUCAACUUCGCGGGUCAUUCCGGCGGUGAAGAGUCGUUGCCUGGGUAUUCGGAUGUCGGCUCCGACCGACGAGGAGAUUGUCAGUAUUCUGAAUAACAUUUGCAAAAAGGAAGGGCUGCACCUUCCGUCGGAACUGGCCAACAGGAUUGCGCAGAAGUCGGAACGUAACCUCCGUCGGGCGAUUUUGAUGUUGGAGGCCUGCAAAGUACAGCAGUAUCCGUUUACCGUGAGCCAAGAAGUGCCGGAGAUUGAUUGGCAGGUGUUCUUGAGGGAAACUGCCAACCAGAUCGUCAAGGAGCAAUCUCCUCAGAAGUUGGAAGCCGUCCGGGAGCGGCUGUACGAGUUGUUGUCUCAGGGUGUUCCGUCGGAUAUCAUUUUCCGGGGAUUGGUAGAGAACUUGGUCAAAAAUUGCGAUAUGACCCUGAAGACGCAGACGCUCAACUUUGCCGGGUCAUACGAACAUCGAAUGCAGCAGGGCAGCAAGCACAUCUUCCAUCUGGAGGCGUUUGUGGCGCAGUUUAUGGCGCUAUACAAGAAGUUUCUGAACCAAGCUUCCACGAUGGAUUUGGAUGAUUUCUAGACUUAUGCUUUGGCCCUUUUCACAGCUUUUGUUCGC